ACUGCAGUAUGCAAAACGCGUGGGUCUAAAAUCACAGUUUUUCAGUUUUCAGACAAACUGAAAAACUUGUUUUAACAAAUAAACACAACUGGUUAAAAGCAUUAAGGAGGUUUGUGAUAUAAUAUAUUCUUACUCUUUUUAAAUGGCAUUACGUUUGUUGAAGAGCUGAUUUGACUUGUUUAGGACUCUAAACUCAAAGUAAAGUAAAGUAAAGUAAAAACCUGACACUUGUGACUUGCAAAACAAUCAUUUUGUCCCACCUCUGCUUGUAUCUGGUCUCAGUAUUUCUGUGCGCACCUGAACUGCGCUCAGCACUGUGUGCAGCCUCCCGGCUGACCAGCAGGAGGCGACAGCAGUCUGCCUGAGCGCUCCUACCGCUUUAAAAAUACACCGAACCCGUUCACAACAAGGAAGUCACAUACCGAAAUGUGGUCAUGUGUCAGGACCAGGACAGCAUCGGCGCAGAAAUGGCCACGCUGCAGUGUCUGAACGCCUUUAUUUGUGAGCGGCUGUCAGCGGCGGCUGUGGAGAUUUUCGGGGCAGUGGAGAAAACGCUGACAGAGUAUCAGGGAGAAAUCAGCCGGUUCAAGCAGGAGAUAGAUCACCUGAGAAGACUCGUGCUGUGGCCUGAAGUCAGAUUACAUAGAUCAGCAGCUCAUGGGGUCAGUCCUCAUUGCUGUGACGAGGAGGCUUCUCCUGACUGCUGUCAUAAGGAGGAGUGGGCCCCAGAUGUGAGUCUGGAUCACCAGAGAUCCCUGCAUAUUAAAGAGGAGCAUGAGCAGAGGGCUGAUCAGCAAGGACCGUCCUGUAGGAAGCAGUGUGAUACCACCCUGUCCCCUCAGUUUGUUAAAAGAGUAGGUCACGAGGAGCCACCCUCACACCUCUACAGAAUAUUAACUGUUGAACAGACAGCAGAUAUCAAAGCUGAGCCUAAUGAUGAUGAGCUGACAACAACGCCAUCAAACAGGGAGGCUGAGACCCCCGGAGGAAGAAAUCCAGAGUCUUCUGGACACCAGCGAGAAACCCUAGAAGAUCCGCUUGAGAUCACUCAUCAUGAGCAGGAUGGGUGUGAUGAGCAGCAGUACACUGAACAAGACUGGAGCCCCUGUCAGGACGACAAGGAACCCGAUCUCCCUCAGAUCAAAGAGGAAAAGCUUACAUCAUCUAGUCCUCGAGAAGAUAAUGACCACUCCUACAAACUCCCUUUUUGCUCAGAGAGGAGCGUCUAUGAUGGGCCUCACUCUUCAAACCCCAAAACAGUUUACACAGCAGAGAAAAACAGAAGAGACGGUGAAAGGGAAGGCUGCAAACAGUCCAAACUGACCAGAGUUUGUCAGCCCUUUUACUCCAUGAAUAUAGACCGUCCUGCAACCCAAAGGGACUAUGUUGAAAAUACAGACGGUGUGGUGGAUGGAGACUGGAUUAAAGCGCUCACACCAACAAGAACGAGGCAAAAGAAAAGGCACGACUCCAACUUGUGCAGUAAGGAAGGAGAUGGCACUGGAGUGGAAGAAGAUGUAAAUGAUCUCACCAGAGAGAGAAGACACACUUGUCCCGUUUGUGCCAAACGCUUCAAAGAGUCAGGCCAUUUAAAGGAUCAUGUGAGAAUCCACACGGGAGAGAAGCCAUACCAGUGUAAGGAGUGUGGCAUGAACUUUAGACAGAGCGGAGCUUUGACUUUGCAUAUGAGAAUCCACACGGGGGAACGGCCGUACCAGUGCACCGACUGUGGUCGGCGCUUCAACAGAAAAGGCGACAUGGAGACUCACAGGGUGACACAUACAGGGGAAAGACCCCAUCUGUGCAUGGUGUGUGGGAAAAGCUUCAAAAGGAAGAGCAACUUAAACACACAUUUAAAGAUCCAUGCAGAGGACAAAAUGGAUUACACCCAACCGCUGUGAUUGUUAAAUACUGAGUUUAUGAUUCAGUUAGUGACCCUGUGGAAAAUGUGGAGUGUCAGAUAUUAUAGGAGUAUGUUCACUGAGUAAAUAAUAGAGUUCAUUAUUUAAAGUUUGACAUUAAAAUACAUGUGUGGCAGUCUAAAAAUUACUUUUGCUCUUUUGUUUUCUCACUUGGUUUAGACAUGCUAAUUAUGGAGGCGAGGCUCUACUCAUUAGAUUGUGUUUUGGUUGUACUGACUUUUAUCUUUUUAUAUCAUUUGAGGAUGAUGACGGCCAGCAUACAUACAGGGCAACCACCGCUCCCCCUGCCUUAAUCUGUGCUAGGUGCUGGAAACUUUAGUGAGUCCA